ACACAGGAGACACAUGCUCGUUACAAAUACCAGAUUUAGUUUUUGUCACCGCAUAAUAACACACGCAAUACAUCUUUAACGCUAUAACAUAUAAUUUAGUUAAGUUUUUCAGCUGUUUGUUCAAUAUUUGUUGCUAAAUUUGCGAAAAUAAAGGUUGUUUUAGUGGUUUAUCGAGGCAUUCGCAGCGGUCGCCUUCGUCUUUCCUUUUCAGUCAAGAUGGCGGGCGACGAGUCUGGGACAACGCUGGGACAGCCGCAUCUGUCCAAACAAGACCUCACCACUUUAGAUGUGACAACACUUACACCUCUGUCUCAAGAGAUCAUCAGCAGACAAGCCACCAUCAACAUUGGCACCAUUGGUCAUGUGGCGCAUGGGAAAUCCACAGUGGUCAAAGCCAUCUCCGGAGUCCACACCGUCAGGUUCAAGAACGAGCUGGAGAGAAACAUCACUAUCAAGCUAGGAUAUGCUAAUGCUAAGAUCUACAAACUGGACGAUCCGAGCUGUCCGCGCCCUGAGUGUUAUCGCUCCUGUGGCUCUAGUACUCCAGACGAGUUCCCCACAGACCUGCCCGGGACCAAGGGCAACUUCAAACUGGUCAGACACGUGUCGUUUGUGGACUGUCCAGGUCACGACAUUCUCAUGGCCACCAUGUUGAACGGAGCUGCUGUGAUGGAUGCUGCGCUGCUUCUUAUCGCGGGUAACGAGUCGUGCCCUCAGCCUCAGACCUCCGAACAUUUGGCGGCCAUCGAGAUCAUGAAACUGAAGCACAUCCUGAUCCUUCAAAAUAAAAUUGAUUUGGUGAAAGAGUCUCAAGCCAAAGAGCAGUACGAGCAAAUCCUCGCCUUCGUGCAGGGUACGGUGGCAGAGGGCGCUCCCAUCAUUCCUAUCUCGGCGCAGCUCAAAUACAACAUCGAGGUGGUUUGUGAAUACAUCGUGAAGAAGAUCCCAGUGCCCAUCAGAGACUUCACCUCUGAACCACGCCUCAUCGUGAUCCGGUCAUUUGACGUGAACAAACCCGGCUGUGAAGUGGACGAUCUAAAGGGAGGGGUGGCAGGAGGCAGUAUCCUCAAAGGAGUGCUCAAGGUGGGUCAAGAGCUGGAGGUGCGGCCGGGGAUCGUCUCCAAAGACCAGGACGGUAAACUGAUGUGCAAACCCAUCUUCUCCAAGAUCGUGUCUCUGUUUGCCGAGCACAACGACCUGCAGUACGCUGCCCCCGGAGGACUCAUUGGCGUGGGCACAAAGAUUGACCCAACCCUGUGCCGUGCUGACCGGAUGGUGGGGCAGGUGCUCGGGGCUGUGGGCGCUCUGCCGGAGAUCUUCACCGAACUCGAGAUCUCCUACUUCUUGUUACGACGACUGCUCGGAGUGCGCACAGAGGGAGACAAAAAGGCAGCCAAGGUCCAAAAGCUGUCGAAGAACGAGGUGCUGAUGGUGAACAUUGGCUCUCUGUCCACCGGGGGCAGAGUGAGUGCUGUCAAAGCAGAUUUGGCGAAGAUCGUGCUCACAAACCCAGUGUGUACAGAGGUGGGAGAGAAGAUCGCUCUGAGCCGGAGAGUCGAGAAGCAUUGGCGUCUGAUUGGCUGGGGUCAGAUUCGCAGAGGAGUGACCAUCACACCCACGGUGGACGACGACUGAAACUCCGCCUCCUUCUGCUUUAUUUUAUUUAGUUUUUUAUUAUUUCACAAUUAAAGUUUCAUCCUUUUGUCUUGAACAUAAUCUGAGACGAGGGGCUGAAACUGUCUGAAUCUUCGUUAAACAUCUACAGAAGACUCUUACUGUCUACUGCUAAUCAAUAAACACAUUUGGACUAA